AAGGCGCGAAACCCAACCACGAAGACCUUUGACAAACACCCACACCCAAAUGCAGUUGGCAGUUGUCCUUAGGAAGCUGCUCAGAGUCGGUGGGUUCCUCCUCUCUCUGCCUCGGGCCGUCAGCCACUCCCCCGCCGAAGGGUGUAAUCACAAACGCGCCAGGCUUGGUCACGGGUGCUGGGUGCUGAGGAGCUGCUCGCCCAGGCCAGGCGAAGUCCCUCUGGACAGUUGGUGCCCUCUUCACACUGCAGACAUCACUAAUGGAUUGCUGCCAGAGCCACCUCAGGAUCCCUGGUGGCAGCAGCCACUACCAAUCACCCUCGUAGCCUGCUUCCUGUCACUGAGUGCAGGGCAGACUGCGGAGGCAUUCUUGUACCUGGCUCAGGGCUUGGUCCUCAGAUGGGCAAGGCCCCCUUCUGUCAUCAUGGCAUGGACUGUGGCUGCUGCAGCCCAGCCCUGACCUCAUGCCAGCUCCACACGGCAGGAUUUAUGUCCAUUUGGGGAAACGGGCUCAUAGAGGCACAUGUGUUCAAGCCUAGAAAGUGGCAGACCGGGUUCAGACCUGGACUCCAACUUGGGGAACCCUGCCUCCCAGGCCACCACUCAUGUCCCAACCUCAGUUUCCCCUUCUGCCCCCAGGAGAGUCCUCCCAACCCCAGUGUCCCCCCAGGAGUCGGGAAGUGUUCACCGCAAGGGAGAAGUUGGUGGCCGUCCACCAACUUGCUGAGUGUGUUUAGCUGGGAGCCCCUAGUCAGGAGGGUGGAGAGCUGGGCUCAAAUGCCAAGGGCCCAAGGAGUCAGGCUGGAGCUGAGGUAGGGAAGGCAUUGACCGAGGGGCCUCAGAAGGGAUGGGACUUCCUGGGGGAGGGCUGCUGAGCAGAGGAGGGCGGAGCCUCUCUUGCUGGGGGAAAAGUAGCUACUUCGCCCAGGGCAGGGGCACAGCAGAGCUGAAUGCAAGCUCAGGAGCUGGACUCCCCGGGGCACUGUGGAGCCGUACCAGGUGUGCCAGGGGCAGUGCCAACCUGCUCCCCUACAGCCUCGGCUCGAUGGGGUGGUGACCCCCCACUCUGCUCCAGCGCCAUGUGGCCCAACAACAGUUCUCUGGGGCCCUGUUUCCGGCCAAUGAACAUCACGCUGGAAGAGCGGCGCAUGAUCGCCUCUCCGUGGUUUGCUGCCUCCUUCUGCUUGGUGGGCCUGGCCUCCAACCUGCUGGCCCUGACCGUGCUGGCAGGUGCAAGGCAGGGCAGCUCCCAGACGCGGUCCUCCUUCCUCACCUUCCUCUGUGGCCUUGUCCUCACCGACUUCAUGGGGCUGUUCAUCACCGGUGCCAUCGUGGUGUGCCAGCAUGCCAACUUCUUCGACUGGCAUUCCGUGGACCCCAGCUGCCACCUCUGCCGCUUCAUGGGCGUGGCCAUGGUCUUCUUCGGCCUGUGCCCGCUGCUGCUGGGGGCCACCAUGGCCUCAGAGCGCUACCUGGGUAUCACGCGACCCUUCUCGCGCCCUGCGACUACCUCGCAGCGCCGCGCCUGGACCAUCGUGGGGCUGGUGUGGGCCACUGCGCUGGUGCUGGGCCUGCUGCCCCUACUGGGAGUGGGCCGCUACACUGUGCAGUACCCGGGCUCCUGGUGCUUCCUCACGCUGGGCCCUGAGCCUGGGGACGUGGCCUUCGGCUUGCUGUUUGCGCUCCUAGGCAGCUUCUCAGUGGGGCUGUCCUUCCUGCUCAAUACCAUCAGUGUGGCCACGCUGUGCCACGUGUACUACGGGCAGGAGGCCGCCCAGCAGCGCCCACGGGACUGCGAGGUUGAAAUGAUGGCUCAGCUCAUGGGCAUCAUGGUGGUGGCCAGUGUCUGCUGGAUGCCGCUGCUGGUCUUCAUCGCCCAGACGGUGCUGCGGAGCCCGCCAGUCAUGGACGCAGCUGGACAGCUGUCUGAAGGCACGGAGAAACAGCUGCUCAUUUACCUGCGUGUGGCCACCUGGAACCAGAUCCUGGACCCCUGGGUGUACAUCCUGUUCCGCCGGGCUGUGAUCCGGCGCCUGCACCCUGGCCUCAGUGCCCGGGCCAGGUCACUAUCAAUGCAGCCUCAGCUCAGCCGAAGGCCCACUGUGGCAUAGGGCUGGGGGCAGACAUCAGUGGUGGCUCUGGAAGGACAGCGGGACAGAGCGCCCUGCCCCCGCGUCCCCCAUUCAACCUCGGUCCUCCCUGACAGUCAUGUCUGCCCAUUCUGAAGUCUGGGCGCUGGGAGUGCAGGAUGGACAGAGGGCUUGAGUGGCAGGAUUGUGAGCUAUGUUCCAUCAGCCCUGAGGACCCCCCAGCUCUUCCCUGAUCCCCUUUUCCAAGGCCCCUCCCUCUCCUCAGCCCCCUCCCAACUCCAGGAAGGGUGAGUGGGGAUGCAGGGGGGUGUCUAGAGGCAAUUAGACUUGUAAGCCUUCUCUUCAGAAGUCCUCAGGAAAUUGGGGGUUCUGACCACUAAAUAUGACCUAUUCUCUGAGGAGCAAUCAAUCCCCUUUGACACUCCAACCCAAGAAGGCUCUGUCUAGAAAAGAUUGAAUGUAAAUGAGCAAGACACCCCCUCUUUUGCCAAAAUAUAUUUCAGCCUGGCUUUAUUUUCCUUUGAGUCUGAAAGUCAGUCAGCAUUUGUUGAAGUUCGGUGCAUCAUAUUGCUAUCCAACCACGCAGCAGCUGAGAACAGGACCGGGGAUGGGCGGAGAGGGUGAGACUGCGUUGUUUCCUCUCCCCGAGUCCUUCAUUAAGUUGGUUCUCCCGGAACCCUGCCUACAGCCCCUAGAGAGGGUCCUGGUAUUAAACCCAUUUUGCAGAUAAGGAAAAGAAAAGGAGAGCCCUGGCUGGUGUGGCCCAGUGGAUUGAGUGCCAGCCUGCAAACCAAAGGGUCGCCUGUUCAAUUCCCAGUCAGGGCACACGCCUAGGUUUA